AUGAAACGAACAGAACGUAGCUGGAUGUAUGAAAGGAAGGUUGGACAUUCUAUUAAUCCGGAUUUUGUGAAAGGGGUAGAUGAAUUCCUUAAAUACGUGGAAGAUCAUCCCGAGAGCAGCAACCCGAAUGAAGUUAGGUGUCCAUGUUUUAAAUGUAAGAACAAGCGGCUAUGGGAUGCGAAAACGGUUAAAAUUCAUUUGUACCGCAAGGGUUUUGUGCCUAACUACUAUGAGUGGAUGUGUCAUGGGGAAGGGUUUCCGGGAGUUCCUGAAGGGCCGUCAAAUGAAUAUCGUGAAAUGGUUUUCGAUGCUUUUGGUCAUAAUGAAGAUCAAGGGCAUUCUGAAGAGGCAGAGGAGGAGCCUAAUGCACAAGCUAAGCAUUUCUUAGACUUUUUAAAAGCUUCCGAACAACCAUUAUACGAAGGGAGUUCGUUGUCUGUCUUAGAGAUGGCUGCCCGAAUUACUAGUCUUAAGUGCGAGUAUAAUUUGCCCCAUAGAUGUGUUCAUGGGUUUGCUUCUUUGGUCAAUGAGGCUAUUCCUAACAACAACCAUAUGGCCGAUACAUUCUAUGAGGUGAAGAAGAUUGUAAAGGGGCUGGAGUUGCCUCAUGAAAAGAUUCAUGCAUGCCCGAAAGGAUGUAUGCUAUUUUGGAAGGAUGAUGUUCAGCUAUCUUCAUGUCGGGUGUGUGGUAGCGACCGAUACAAGAAGACUUCCAAAGGUAGCUUAGUGCCUUUGAAUGUUUUAAUUUACUUUCCGAUCACACCGAGAUUGCAAAGGCUCUAUGCAACCAAGAACAUUUCGGAGGAAAUGACAUGGCAUUCGAAAAAUCCUCGAGUUCAAGGCACAAUGGCGCACCCUAGUGAUAGUGAAGCUUGGAAACACCUUGACAAUUGCUUCCCAGAAUUUUCCAAUGAGCCUCAUAAUGUUCGACUUGGCUUGUGUACAGAUGGUUUUGCUCCUCAUGGUAAGUUUGGGGGACAAUAUUCUUGUUGGCCUGUCAUAUUGACCCCUUAUAACUUGCCUCCCUCAAUGUGUAUGAAAAGAAAAUUCAUGUUUCUUUCAUUGCUUGUUCCUGGUCCUAAGAACCCUAAGGGCAAUUUGAAUGUGUAUAUGCAACCGCUGGUAGAAGAGUUGAAGCAUUUAUGGGAAGUUGGCGCAAAUACUUAUGACAUUUCAAGGAAACAAAAUUUUAAUCUUCGAGCAGCCAUCCUGUGGACCAUUAGUGACUUCCCAGCUUACGGUAUGUUGUCUGGUUGGACCACAGUGGGUAAGAAGGCUUGUCCUUAUUGUAUGGAUAAAAGCAAAGCAUUUUGUCUUGAACAUGGUGGCAAAGUUUCUUGGUUUGAUUGCCAUUGCCAAUUUCUUCCAACAGAACACCCUUUUCGAAAAAGCAAAACUGCAUUUUGUAAAAAUAAAGUCGAAAAAGGUUCACCGCCACACAUCAUGUCAGGUGAGGAAUUGUGGGAAUGUGUGAGACAACUUCCAAAGGCAACUGAUGGACCGGAGACAUUGAAACACCUAAAAAAAGCAAAAAAGGGGUGGUUCAAGCAAAGCUCGUUGUGGGAACUUCCUUAUUGGAAGCAUUUGCUCAUCCGUCACAACUUGGAUUUCAUGCACAUUGAAAAGAACUUCUUUGCUCAGCUAAUCCACACCAUAAUGGAUGUGAAAAAGCAUACAUGUGACACGCCAUCGGCUCGAAAUGACAUUGCCAAAUAUUGUAAACGGCCACAACUUCAUAUGGAUGAAGAUGAUAGAGGAAAAGAGUUUAUGCCAAAAGCCCCAUUCGCUCUUGACAAGGCUCAAAGAAAAGUGUUGUGUGAAUGGGUUAAACAAUUGUGUUUUCCAGAUGGAUAUGCCUUUAAUUUGAGCAGAUGCGUAGAUUUACAAGCCUUUAGUGACAUGGAGCGAUUAGAGAAAAACAUAGCUGAAAUCCUUUGCAAGCUUGAGAAGGUUUUCCCUCCUUCAUUCUUCAACUCUAUGGAGCAUUUACCUAUUCAUUUUUCAUAUGAGGGCAAGUUAUGUGGUCCUGUUCAAUAUAGAUGGAUGUAUCCCUUCGAAAGGUUCCUUAAUCACUUGAAACGUAAAAUUGGGAACAAGGCACGAGUUGAAGGUUCAAUAUGCAAUGCUUAUCUCACCGAAGAGAUAGCAAACUUUUGCUCAAAUUACUUCCAGGCGUCAGUUGACACAAAAACUCGGGAUCUUGGUCGAAAUGUGAAUGUAGACGUGGAAUCCACAUUGGAGAACGCUGACUUACCGGAGUUGUUCUCGGAGGAUAGCGGUCGUGUCUCAUCUGAGGGUAAAACCCGGUACUUAGAUGAAAAGGAACUCGAGUGUGCUCAUUUGUUCGUUUUACGAAACUGCGGCAUUCUUGGUGAAUACGAAAGAGAGGAAGUCAUGGAGAAAUGUGACAUCGAAUUCUCUGAUUGGUUUCACCAUAAGGUGGUUGAAGAGAAACCAAAUUCGGAUGUCCUCCAAGCUUUGUGCAUGCGUCCUUUCAAGCGUGUUCGAACUUGGAAGGGGAUUUUUGUUGGUGGAUUUAAUUUCCAUACACAUUCCUAUGGUAAACACAAGUCUACGAUGAAUUACGGUGUUUGUGUGUCUAGUGAGGACGGUGGAGAGUACUUUGGCAUUCUAGACGAUAUAAUUGAACUUGUCUACACUGGUCCAAUUAAAGAGUAUAAGACUAUACUCUUUAAGUGUAGUUGGAUGGAUUGUGGUAGGGGUAUGAACAUACAUGAACAGUAUAAGCUUGUUGAAGUGAAUCAUACUAAGAAAUACCCCAAGUAUGAUCCCUUCGUAUUAUCUUAUCAAGUGACCCAAGUGUACUACACAUCCUACCCUAGCCUAAAACGGGAUCGAGUUCUAUGGUGGUUUGUGUUUAAAACACAAGCAAGGUCAGUGGUUGAUGCUCCAGUAGACCUUCAGUUUUUGCAGGCACCGUCCCCAGAAGUAUAUGCAACGCUUUGUCCACCGAAUGACAUUCCUGACUACGACCUAGUUGAGGAUGACGACGAAGACGAUGAUGACGACUUAAUAAUCUCAAGUGAAUCAGAUGAUGAAUCCAGCGUCGACUCUAGUGACAGUGACGAGGAUACUGACAUCGAUGUGUUUUUAGAUGAUAGUAGUGAUUAA